UUUGUUGAUUUUUGUUUGAACAAUUUUGCAUCUAUAUCAGUUUUUUUUGUUGUGUUGAACAUAGGUAUAUUUGUAUGUUAAAUUAUAUCAAUUUUGUUCAAACAGUACCCAGUUUUUGUUCAACAAUGUCAUUUAAUUGAGGAAACCUAAUUUACGAAAUGAAUACCAACCAACGUCCAAUCUUCAAUUCGGCACAGAACACUCCUCAUACAGCAUCCGAAGAAGGCGAUCGAGAUGACCAGGUCUGGACCGACGAUCAAUCGAACGUUUCUUCCGACUGUAGCCACAGCAGUUGCGACUCAAGAACACACGAGUGGAGCCCAUUCGUGUCGGACAACUUCCUGUUUUACAUGAAAUUCGAUCUUGUUUAUCACGCCAAGCCGAUCAUGUUCGACGAUGAUUUAUUUUUCCGGAACGAAUACAAGCGGCUCUCGAUACGCAAGAAAGAGAAUAUUCUAUCCAAGUUUGGUCAACGGGACAAGGGCAAACAUAAGUUGUUUAAGGUGAACGUUAUAGAUUCUGCCAAAAAGGAGCUUCUAAAUGGUAUCAAUAAGGAAAUCAUCAUCAGCAUCGCUCCCAAGAAGAGCGUUACAUUGAAGGAUGUGAUCCCACUAACGGAAACGAUCCUUGGAAUAACGACGUCGCUAUUUCCGGACGGAAGAAAGCUUAUGGUCGAUAAAGUCAAAGACUAUUCAGUAUUCAACAAGGGAAAGCUGGUAAAAUCCAAGGAUUGGAUAAAAUCUAUUGAUGCAGAAACGGUUACUGUGGACAACUUGGAAUCACUUCUGGAAGGAUGCACAAAAAUCCCAACCAUUAUAAAGAUAACAUUUUUUGAAAUGAUUGAACAUGAUAUUUCCAAUUCAAUUGAGAUCAAAGUAACAAAUUUGAUGGACCUUAUUCAGAGCCAGGAAACGUUAUUCAACAAGGAUGAUAUUCAAACAAUGAGUAGCAAUGACUUGGUUUUUAGUAUGAUUUAUAUAUCAAAGGAAUACACACAGAACGAUGAAUUGGAUAUCAAAUUUUGCUACCCGACGAAGGAAAACAACCUGAUCUAUAAUUCCAAAGGCAGUUUCGUGACGUUGCAUUCUAUUUUCAGCUCUUCAUUUCAGACGAAGGCACUUAUGACAAAUCUGAAGAUACGCAAUAUUAUCUAUUACACGACGUACAACUUUUUCGACGAUGGAAUACUUUUGCUGGGGUUCAACUCUAAAUAUUCUUCAUUAUUUUCCGUUAAGCAAAAAAGUGACCAGAUCUGCAGGUUGCUUCGGAGUCUCUACCUGGACUGCUCUGUCACGUUCAACAAGCCGAUCGAACAGCAAACGGAACUCAUGCAACUGUGCGAACUGAUUCGCCAUUCCAUCAAAACCAACAGAAGUAUGGAUAAGUUUGAAAAGACCUUCCACCAACCUCAUUUCGUUCCGCUGCCCAAGGAAAUUCAGCUACGAAUAGAUGACGCUCUUGGAGAACUGGAAGCCAUGGAUUAUCGCAAUUGGAACGACGAGCUGGUGGAUCUGUUUUGCGAUUUGACCAUCAUCGGCUGUUGUUUGUAUUACAAUCAAUAUUUGGUAUGUUCUCACUUGGGUGGCAAUUUUCUGACUGUGAUUGAAGCCAUUUUGAAAAAUUUUGGAAUUUUCGAGGUCAUCUCUACUACGAAUAUAAAAAAUCUUGCCAUUUGGAGGAAAAUUUACCCCGAAGAAUACAGCGAUCUUGAUCUGCAUCAGAAAAAUGACGUAUACCUAAUGUUGGUUGCAAUAGGGCAUCUGUUGAUGGUAGUAGUUUUGGAGGCUCCUGUUAACACAAACCACCAUAAAAGCCUUUCGCGCUAUAUUGAGGAAAUACAAGAUAUGCUGGAUUAUUUUAAAUCGACGGGUAUCGAAAAUUUGGUAAGAAUCUGGAUUGAUUCAAACCGCAGACCACAAUGCAUUACCACUGCCAUCACCAAGCAAGAAUCCUCAUUGGAGGAUCAACGAUCAAGCGCGCCAAGAAAUCACGAUGAGGAAUCCAACGCUUCCAGUUCAAUAAAAAACCACGCCAUCAAAGACGACGGCACGAAUGAACAUGAAGACGAUGACGAUUCAGAUUGGGGACAAAGCAUGGAUAGUAGUCAGAGAAGCAGCACUUUUGAUAUCAACGAACUGUCGGAAAAUCGCUGCAAAGAGUUCUCGGAACUGAUUCCUAGCACGCUCACGUUUGGAAGUGAAAACCUCCUUUACUACUUUGUACAACUGGAAAUGGGCGACGGAGUCUUCCUGGCACCUGCUGUAAACCUUUCGAAUGCAAAGCACGAUCUUAUUUUAAACACAUUCAGAAAAACUUGCACCAUCAUUCAUAACACGCUGCAAAACACGAAAAAAUUCCGUGACAUCCUGUCGAAUGAAGCUAACAAAAUUGCCAAUACGCACCGGUCACUGGUAGCAAUCAAGGAGCAAGGCAUGUUAAUGUCCGUUCCGAAAGAGGGCGGCACCAGUGGCAGAGUAGAAUUUUGGGUCCUAGGGCGCCUGUUCAAUUCUCCACCGAGGGAACUGUACGUAUGCCACCGUGCGGAUGCUCCGCAGAAUAUGAUUGAACUUGCGUUCCGUAUUUGUCUUACUUGUGCUGGAUAAAAGAAGCGAUGCACUCCAAAUUACACAAUAUCCGUCCUUAAAUAUACAUUUUAUACAUUACACUAAA